AUGGCAGACACAGAAGUUGCAAAGAGAAUAUAUGUCGGCGGGUUUACAAUGCCGGUGACGGAGGCUGAUAUCACUGGCCGAUUCAAGCCCUUCGGCCAAGUGUCGUCAGUCGAACUGCCCAAGACAGCCGACGGGCAGGCGACUCGCGGGUUCAGCUACGUCAACCUGUCAAUCAAGCCCUCACAGUGGCGCCGGUGUCUGAGCAUCUAUACUGGCGCAAAGUGGAAGGGCGGCAAGCUGCGUGUCGAAGAGGCUAAAGAGGAUUACAUGGCCAAGCUGAAGCGU